CAGGCCGCCGCAACCAAUAGCGGAAGGCAUUCUUCCCCUCUCCGCUGAAUCAUCAUCAAAAAGAAAAGAAACGAGACCUUCCUCUCGAGUCUCGAGACGAACCCUAGAUCCGAACCCUAGAUCCGAACUGACCUUCCGUCAGCUUCCUGUUCCGUGCGACAUGGAAGCUCGUCGGCGUCUUCAUCCGCCACCCGGUGCGGAGCUCUCCCGCCCUCAGCCUCGCUGGGUGAUGCUAGAUCGCUUCGUCCACUACAAGGCGUACGCUGGUGAGGCUGUUGCGGAGGAGGUAAUGGACGGCACGCAAUCGGCGAUCUCCUCCACCUGCACCAACAUAAGCAUCGCCGUCUCUCUCAGGGUUGCUGAACCGCCCGCUGUGUCCCGUCUCUACCUCCACUGGCCCGAGCGAUUCAUGACGGCGUCGUUGAGCCAGGUGAGUCAGCCGUUCAUCAUCGCGGCUCACGGCCGCUCCAUACUUUUCCAGGCGUAUGCCCCCUUCGUUGGAGAUAGUUGUCCGGCAUUCUACUAUUACCCCAUAGACUAUUUCCUCUACACAGCCUCUGGCUCAGAGAAGUCUCCUUGUCUCAUGCGACUCCCGCCUUGCUUCGAUGGUGGGGACAAGAACCCGGACGUGGAUUUGUACUUCCACCCGUACCGUCUCCAGCAGCUGCGAUCUAUGUGGCGUGAUGACAUUGGCCUCCUUUGCCGUGGCAAGGGGGAGUUCGUGGUGGCGCAGCUCACAUUUGGCGGCCAGCUCUGCGUGCUACACCGUAAACCUGGGGAGGAGGAGGGCGACAUGAAUUGGAGCGUUGAAAAUAUGCCCUUACCUGACGGCGAUGACAUCCCAAACCUGCUGUGUGGUUCGUGGCAAACGGACGCCAUCGUCCCCUAUGGUGGUUGUUACCUGUGCUGGGCGGAUUGCUACCUGGGCUUGCUUUUUGUCGGUGUCAUUGACAAGCGGACGAAGCCCCCGUGCUACGUCCCCUUACCUGAUGGUCUGGAUUCCAAUCGUCUGUGCAUUGACCCAGGGUAUCCUGACCCGGCCCGUCGUGUCUGUGUCUCUGAGUCCGGCUUGAUUAACCUCAUAUGUGUUGGUGAUCGUGCUGGCUGCAGUGUGUGUGCCAGUUCUUAUUCUGCUUUCACUAUCACAGUAUGCACUUUCACCAACUUAAGGGAAAAGAAAUGGAUGAAAUGUUUCACCAUGGAAGACAUCAAGUUCUGGGCUGCUCUUGAUUUUGACAAGCGUCUUCCGCAUGUGCUACCAGAGUUCCCUACCAUCAGCUUGGUUAAGCCUGAUGUUGUUUCCUUCCGGUUGAAUGGUGGUAAUAAACUUUUCUGGCUGAUUGAGAUUGACAUGAAGAAGGAAGUGCUGGGGUCAACCAGUCUCUACAUCUUUGAAGAAGAAGAAGAGAAAUGCUCCACUGACAUGGCCCACUGGAGAUCAUUUCCUGGCUACUCCUUUGUUCCCAGCCCGUUCACCCGAUACUUGGACCAGCAUGCCAUCAGAAGAAUAAUGAGGUCGUGCUGCUAGCAAUCGAAUAUUUAUGGUCUCUUGACAGAGAUAAUAGAGACUAGAUACUGCAUCGGAGAUUUGUUAUGCAAAUGAUUGUACCGUGUUCUUUUAGAAAAUGCUACUAACAGUAGCACUCAGAGAAUGAUGUCAUCCACAACCUCUACACCGAAUGUAUCUUUUGGUCAACAAAUUUUGGGUAUAAAAGCUCAGUAGAGGUCAGAAUAUUACUUAUAUCAUCAGUUUCUCAUAUGUUUUCCUGGUAUUUGACUACAACAGAAUAAUUAAUGUUUAUUGGAUAUUGUGUUCUAACCCACAGAAGGCAGUUCACAAUCAUAGUAUUUUCUGAACUUUCUCACUGAAUUGCCUUGAGCAUUGAAAGCAGAUGUAAAGUAGAAUGUGCCAGUGCAACUCUGACAUAAUCCCAUGCAACUGUGACAUAAUCCCAUGUUGAAGCUGAAGAUGUGGCUUUUCAUGAAAUUUUGUUCUCAUAAAUACUGAUUUUUUGUAACCUUUAUUUAUUUUACAAAGGCAAAACAAUUUGAAUUAUUUUGAACUAUAAGUCAUGGUACAAGAUGAAGGUGUAUGUUCUUCUGACCUUUACAUUAUUUUCUUAUGUAGUUUCCGUAGCUCUUCAUGCAUGAGGCUUAUUGAUCAUUAUGUCUUUCACACAUAUUGGUAGGAUAGAAAUUGAAGCAUUGUGACCAUUCAUUUAUUUGAAUCAUUAUUUGAGACCAAGGGGACAUCUUUACCUUUUUGUUCAAUAUGCAGUGUACUCCAGUUCCACUUUCUGGUAUGCCAGUUCUUAAGCCUUUCCUCAAACCCCUCUUCCUAAGAUUGCUCAUUAUCAUAUUGUGUCUUGAGGUCUCAUAAACUCUAUUUGUAGCAUGCCUGUAUAUUUAGUUUUGGUGCUAUGACACUCUAAACCCUAAUUGUGCUUUACCAUGAUUUAUAUAUCAAACCGAGUUAUUAAAUUUUCAUGUUGUUUGCUCUUCUCUUAAGUUUGCCAAUUUGUGUUGUUUCAGGAUUUACUUCAGUAGACUAACAACUCUAUCUCUUCCCUUUUUAGGUGCACAACUCUUAUGUUCUGUUUGGCUACCUUUUUUAGACCAGCCAUAAGUGACCAUCAAAAUUACAAACUUGCUCAAGCACUUUCACCAAAAAAAACAUCCCUGGCUAUAGUAGUCAUUCUCUUGCAAUUUAAUUAAUUAUAUUCUUUCGUCGCACAAUAAGAAUUGUUGCUCUUUCAUAAGAAAUUAUUUAUUCAGUUUGGUUCCGUAUA